AUGACUAUUCCACCUCAUCUUCACAAGGAUGUGCAUCAGGAGAAGGAGGUGAAGAAGGAAAGCGUGACAAAAAAGGAUGGAUAUAAAGACCAGAAAGAAACUAUCUUGGUUACCGGAGGUGCCGGAUACAUCGGAUCGCACACUGUCGUCCAACUUCUCAACCUUGGCAAACAUCUUGUUAUCGUCGAUAGCCUCUGCAACUCAUCCGAGGAAUCACUUCGGCGUGUCCAAUCCCUUGCCAAAGCCAACAAUUAUAAGGGCUCAUUCAACUUCCACAAGGUCGACAUUCUUGAUAUUGAUGCGCUUGAGAAAGUCUUUGAUCGUUACACAUUUUCAGCCUGUAUUCAUCUCGCAGGUCUGAAAGCUGUAGGAGAAUCCUCAGAAGCCCCUUUGAGUUAUUACCACACCAACAUUACUGGAACCCUCAACUUGAUUCAACUCUUACAGAAGCAUCAAUGCAGAAAUUUCAUCUUUUCAUCCUCAGCCACUGUCUACGGUUUGCCAACAUCAAGCCGACCCAUUCAAGAGGAUGCACCCUUGGGAGCUAUGAACCCCUAUGGACGUACGAAACAAUAUAUUGAAGAGAUCCUACGUGAUACAGCUGCAAGCGAGCCUGGUCAAUGGAAUAUUAUCCUGCUCCGGUACUUCAAUCCCGUUGGUGCUCAUGAAUCAGGUGUGAUUGGCGAAGAUCCUAACGGGACUCCCAACAAUUUGAUGCCUUACGUCGCACAGGUUGCUAUUGGACGGCGACCCGUGAUCAAUGUCUUUGGAGAUAACUAUGACACAAAGGAUGGAACAGGUGUUCGAGAUUACAUUCACAUUCAGGAUUUGGCUAGAGGUCAUGUGGCCGCACUCGAAAAGAUCGAAGCUAUUGAACAAUCCAAUAAGAACCUUGGUUGUGUCCCUUAUAAUCUUGGCACAGGAGUCGGAUAUUCUGUGAUGGAGAUGAUCAACAGCAUGUCAGAAGUUGUUGGACAUCAGUUGCCUUACAAGAUCGUCGAACGGAGGCCUGGCGAUGUUGGGACAGUAAUUGCAGAUCCAUCCCUAGCAGCUAAGGAGUUGAACUGGAAAGCUGAAAAAACGCUCGAGGAUAUGUGUCGGGAUCUAUGGAGGUGGCAGACAAUGAAUCCUACAGGCUACUCUGAAUCAUCAAGCCCUGGAGCAUGGACAUGGGCUUCAUUGAAACAAUAA